AUGCAGGGGUUACAGACUUGAGCCACUGCGCCUGGCCUAGGUUUUCUUUUUCUCCACUGUUUUGUAUUUGUUCACUUGUCACCUUUCAGCGUGGUCUGUGAGGGGAGAAUCCUGGCAGGGGCGGGGUCUGCAGGUGAACAUGGAACCAGCCAUGGCCCUGUCCCCAGACCUUUCCUUUACGUGGCUUUCCCUCCAUCCUGUGGGCAUGCAGGAUUUUCAUUCCUUCCAAACUAUUUCCAUCUGUAGUGAGUAGUGUUAGUUUGACUUAUGAAUAAAUAUUUAAGCCAUCAAAUUCGUUUAGUAACUGGCUGGAGGCUUCUGGCUCCAUUUUCCUGCUGCCUGUGCAGUGUUGGUGAAACUCAGGAAUGGAGAGAAGAUGCGAAGAGACACGCUUGGGAGGAACUCUUCUCACCUGAGGACUGGUAUGGUCAGCCAGGUCGGGCCCACACACCCCAGUGCCGGGUUCCUGGUGCUUGCUUAUCUUUCGGGAGCCAGGGAGACUCUGACCUGGAAGCCUGGACCCCCUUCUGUGUUCAUCUCAUAGAUACCAUUCCAUAUUCCCAGGUAUAUACUUGUAAUGUUAUUCAUGUCACACAUGUCAUUGAACCAAAUGCAAUUUGCUGUUAAUGUAAUACUGCUCGUGACAAGACCUACAUGGCCUACCUGGUUGUCUGAUAUGAGCUUAGAAGUCUAACAGGAAGUUCACCUGCAAAAUCGGAUCCUCCCUCUUCCCUUGUUUCCACCAUAACCUAGUUAGUAUUUUGUGAAAGGUGUUCUUUGUGAGUGUUACAUUUUGGUGCGCUGAUAAUACAGUAAUUUAGGUAGGAAUAUCUGGGACUCUUUGUGGUUACGGUAGAGGCUGGCAAACUGGCCCGUGGGCCAAAUCCGGUUCACCUGUUUGGGUGUGAAUACAGUUUUAUUAGAACCCAGUUGGGCUCAUUCAUUUCCACAGCAUCUGUGGCUGCCCCAUGUUGCAACAACAGAAUUGAGGAAUUGUGAUCAUGUGGCCCACAAAGCCUGAAAUAUGAGGCCUUUUCCAGAAGAAGACCGUAGCCCCUAGUGUGCAGCAAGGAACAGAAGUCAGGAGAGCAGCACUGGAGUCCCUGCUUUGUCCUUUUAUUGGCGCGAGGUCUCCGUGCCCUCACCUGGAAAAGGACGAGGAGGAUGCCCAUUGUUUCAGGGGAUUGCUAGCAUGAAAUUGUGUGAGAUACUGGGUGGUUCCCAGCACUUAAUAUGCACUUAAUAAACACUAAUUCCUUCCCUCUCUGUUACUCACAUCCCCGCUUCUCAUCCCUAAGUGGUUGCUGCCUUUCUCCAUGUGAAAAGUUUGAGACAAAAAAAUGGCCAUCAGUUCUUGUGUUUUCAGAAAGGAAGACCUGUCAAGCAGUACUGUCCAGCAGAAAUAGAACAUAAGCUGCCAGUGUGCGCUGGGUGUGUAACUUCACCUCUCCCAGUAACCACAUUAAAAAGGUUACAAAUGUUAAGUCUUCUUUAGCCCAGUAUAACCAAAAUAUUUCAACAUAUACUCAAAUAAUUACUAACACCAUUCAUUUGCUUGCUUUGCCUGUCUGUAGAGUCCAGUGUAUGUUUGCCCUCACAGCACGACAUAGCUGGACUCGCCACCCCUUGAGUGCUCAGUGGCCUGUGGCUGGGGGCUGUGUUAUCAAACAGGUCUCUGAUUCUCUGACGCCACCUAGGUGUCCCCUCAUUUGGUUCAGUUCUGACACUAGCUUCUCAGGGUUCGUGCCGGCCUCACAAGUUUUAAGGGCUCAGUCCCACAAGACCAUCCCCAUUUCCGACACCAGUUGCACGUCCUAAGUCACCUGUACUUCUGAUCAACUGGCUGUAAAUUGGGGUUCCCGUGACCUCACUUCGGGUUGCAUAAUUUGCCAGGACAACUCACAGAACUCAGAAAGGCACUUUGCUUAUUGUUAGUGGUUCCUGUAAAGCAAGAUUGUCCAACCCGCAGUCCAGGACGGCUUUGGAGGCAGCCCAACACAAAUUCUUAAACUUUCUUAAAACAUGAUGAGAUUUCUUUUGAAAUUUCCUUUUUCUCAUCAGCUGCAGUUAAUGUUAGUGUAUUUUAUGUAUGGCCCAGGAUAAUUCUUACAGUGUGGCCCAGGGAAGCCAAAAGAUUGGACACCCGUAUUUUAAAGGAUGCAACUCGGGAACAGCCCAAAGGAAGCGACGCACGGGACGAGGGGUGGGAGUCUUCAUGCCCCCUGGGGGAGACACCGCCCAGUGUACCAUCCCAACGAGUUCAUCACAUGGAGGCUCCCCACAUCCCAUCGUUCAAGAGUUUUUGCAACCCAGUCUCCUGGCCCCCCACCCCUCCCAGAGGUUGGGGUGUAGGGAAUCUGGAAGGUUCCCACCCUCUAAUCACACGUUUCGUCUUUCUGGCAAUGACCAGCUUCCAUCCAGGCUAUCUAGGGGCACCCCCCGAACCCCCAGUCACUUCAUUAGCAUAAGCUCAGGUGUGGUGCACUGGGGCUGUCUAUGAAUCACUAAGGGCACUCUUGUUGCUCAGUAAAUUCCAAGGGCUUUAGGAGCUGUAUGCCAGAAACCAGGGACCAAGACUAGAUGAUCUUUUGUAUUAUCCGCACCAGGGCAGCCCUGUCAGCCUGCUGCCCCGCCCCACCCCGCCCCUCCCCAUCCCCAGCUGGCUGUGCCCUAUUUAAAACCCUCCUCUCAGUAAAACAGCUGAUGCGUGCCUAUUUUACAUUCUUCUCUACCCUGGGUCUGACUAAUCAUGACUCUCACUGUGCUGGUAACUCCCCCGUUCUUGCUUCUCAGGAAGCAAAUGUAGGAAAAAUAUAGUAACAUUUCUAAGGAAGCUUAGAGAUACAAAAUGUUUAAAUGUAGCACAAAAAUUGUGACUCUACUUAUAAUAACUUGCAGAAUAACAACUCCACAGUAGACGUUAGGCAUCCAUGGCUGCAGGUUUUCUAAGAAAUGGGACGUGUGGGUGACUCACUGCAUUGCCCGCUGCCCUCUGGAAGGAACCAUGGGGUAAUUAGAGUGAUUGGCCAAGAAGGGCCAGGGAUCCACGCAGCUCCCACCCUGAGGAGUCACGCUGUCCAGCGCAGCCAGGCGGCCACAGAAGCCACUGUGGCAGGGAAUGCAUGUGUCAGGCGUGGUCAGUAAAAUGAGAGUAGAAGAUUUCAUGUGUUCCUUGUAUACAAGCGACGUCCCAAAUUAUAAUUCUCUGCUGAGAUUUGAGAAUUUGGAGAAUCCCUGCAGCUUUGUAACUUCAGAGGUGUAAUUAGCUGAAAACGUCAUCAUUUUGAAGAGUUCUGCGUUUUGCCAGUCACCUCUCAACUGUGUGCCAAAGAAGGACUCCAUGAAAAUGACAGAAGAAGUGAUUGUGAUAGCCAAGUGGGACUACACCGCCCAGCAGGACCAGGAGCUGGACAUCAAGAAGAACGAGCGGCUGUGGUUGCUGGACGACUCCAAGACGUGGUGGCGGGUGAGGAACGCGGCCAACAGGACGGGCUAUGUGCCGUCCAACUACGUGGAGCGGAAGAACAGCCUGAAGAAGGGCUCCCUGGUGAAGAACCUGAAGGACACACUAGGCCUUGGCAAGACGCGCAGGAAGACCAGCGCGCGGGACGCGUCCCCCACGCCCAGCACGGAUGCUGAGUACCCCGCCAAUGGCAGCAGCGCCGACCGCAUCUACGACCUCAACAUCCCGGCCUUUGUCAAGUUCGCCUAUGUUGCCGAGCGGGAGGAUGAGCUGUCCCUGGUGAAGGGGUCGCGUGUCACCGUCAUGGAGAAGUGCAGCGACGGUUGGUGGCGGGGCAGCUACAACGGGCAGAUAGGCUGGUUCCCCUCCAACUACGUCCUGGAGGAGGUGGACGAGGCAGCUGCGGAGUCCCCGAGCUUCCUGAGCCUGCGCAAGGGCGCCUCGCUGAGCAAUGGCCAGGGCUCCCGCGUGCUGCACGUGGUCCAGACGCUGUACCCCUUCAGCUCAGUCACCGAGGAGGAGCUCAACUUCGAGAAGGGGGAGACCAUGGAGGUGAUCGAGAAGCCCGAGAACGACCCCGAGUGGUGGAAAUGCAAAAAUGCCCGGGGCCAGGUGGGCCUCGUCCCCAAAAACUACGUGGUGGUCCUCAGUGACGGGCCUGCCCUGCACCCUGCGCACGCCCCACAGAUAAGCUACACCGGGCCCUCGUCCAGCGGGCGCUUCGCGGGCAGAGAGUGGUACUACGGGAACGUGACGCGGCACCAGGCCGAGUGCGCCCUCAACGAGCGGGGCGUGGAGGGCGACUUCCUCAUUAGGGACAGCGAGUCCUCGCCCAGCGACUUCUCCGUGUCCCUUAAAGCGUCAGGGAAGAACAAACACUUCAAGGUGCAGCUCGUGGACAAUGUCUACUGCAUUGGGCAGCGGCGCUUCCACACCAUGGACGAGCUGGUGGAGCACUACAAAAAGGCGCCCAUCUUCACCAGCGAGCACGGGGAGAAGCUCUACCUCGUCAGGGCUCUGCAGUGACGGCGCCCCGGCCCCACACUCGCCUCCCGGGCCCCACGGUGGAGCUGCCCGCCCGGCCUUGUGGCAGAGGCUCCUCCCGUGGGGGCGGCGGCCCCGACGGCUUCUCCGCGAGUCUCUUCUUUAUGUUCAGGUCGCUUGGUCGGUUUGUCUCCCAUUCGCCAUCCAGGCCUAACACCCACACUCGAACCCACCCGGCCGGCCAGCUUUAGAGGAGGGGAGGAGAGAGGGGCGAGUUCACAUUAUUCCUUUUCCAUCGGAAACGGCGCUCGUGCAUUCAACUCGUUCCCGCUCAUGGAACCCCUCUUUAAAAAGACGCAGGGCACCUGUGAGCGCAGGAGCGCGCCUCAGGCCACCCAGCGGCAGCACCCGCGUCCUGGGCACUCUGCGUGCUGGGCAGAGCAGGUGGGCCCCAGUCCUAGCAGCCCUCGCCCGUGUCCUGUGCCCUUACAUGGCUCCCGGACUCUGCAGGGAGCCGACACGUUUGCUGAUAGCAAUACUGGAACCACCAGGUGCGAUGGCAGUGAGGAAACUGCCCAGUGCCUUUGGGGCUGUGCUUGCAAUAAAGAAUUUCCUGGAAAGGCAGUCUGCAAAAGAGGGAACCGGUGACGCAGAAAGACAGAUGUUUUGGUAAUUUACCCCAAAUGUGCCAUCCACAUAGUGCUUUUUCCUCUUGCCCUUCGGCUUGUUUGAAUCUCACAAUUAUGUAUUUAAUUCUCAAAUAUGUAUCUGUAGCCGUUUGUUGACACUAAUACAGAUGAUUAAGGAAAACAGCUGGUCUUUGGGGAAGGGAGCUACCAACACUUUAUACACACACACACGUGCGCGCACACACACACACACACUAUAUAUAUAUAUAUUAUUUACAGGGAAAUUUUUCAGGGUUUACAAAAGAGUAUGUGAUUGGUAGUAAGAGACACAGAAUGUUUAUGAAGAAAUUGCAUUUUCUUUUUCCUUUACAUUUGAACUUCUUUAUAGUUUAAAUAUACCGUCUUGAGAUGGCACAUUCCUACGAUUGAAGAAGGGGUCUUGAGAUCCCCUAAACUUGCAUACCCAGUUUUUUGGAUAUUGUAAUAAAAAAAAAAGUAUUAUGACAAG